CAAUAACGUUUAAACGGUCCGCAAAACGACAAGGGCCGGUUUCUUUACUGCAGUGUAUUUAGUUAAUAGCGCAGUCAUUUGCUCAGCUAUAAUCACUGGAAUGUUUUUGGCCGCAUUCUUUAGAUAAAAAUUAUUUCUUAGUUUGUCAGCAUUUCGAAUGUUUUCGCAGUCUUUCUGCUACAUUUGGUGCGAGAUUGGUGCUGUUUCUCUUGGAUCAAUUCAGAUUUUGCUUUUGGGUGCAACUACGAGUACGUUUGUUCAGCGGGAUUGCCCUUAAUCCAUAUGCUGGAGCUGGGCAGUUUUGACAGUAUAGUAGGCUGAUAACAUCGCCAACUGUCAACGCGCACAUCAACAAUCCCUUUGAGCGUUUGCCAUAAUACCUGUUCGCGAUUUUCUCAACAUGGAUUCUCGACAACUAUCAGUAUCCGUCGGAGUACACAAGCGGCUUCCUCUCCCGACCUACGAGGAGGCGGUCAGAACCGGCAGCCGCGCUAGCGACCAGUUCCCGGUACACGGCGCCGGAAAUUCGCCUUCCGGUUCAGCCAGUAAUAUCCCUGUAGCGCUGCAGAAUCGCAUUCUGCGUGAUCGGGGAAAUUACGCUAUCUUAUCGAGCGCAAGAGGAAAUACCCCUAUUUCCGGUCGGCCGAAUCCAAUUGCCGACUACAGUAAUUCCUCCACACGGCCGAGUUUAGGCUCCCAUCAGGACAAUGCCCAGCAGCGCAGGGUGCGUUUCGUACGGGAUUACAUUCCACAAAAACCCGCUCGCAAGUUUCCUCCGAUUUUCGAAAAUCAGAACCUGUCGUCCAGUUGCAAAAAUGUUUAUACCAGCUGCGAGAAUGUGCAGCGCAGUUUCCCUGCCAAUUCCGCACGGCGCUCCUUCCAUCAUUAUUUUACUGGACGAACCAACUCCAGUUUUAUGAGCUCCUCGCCCAAUAUCCAUGCCUUUUCUAGCGCUGCGGGCCGACAGAGGAACAGCUGUAUUUCGUUAGAUGACGAACACCUAUUUAACCCGACCGCUGAAGAACUGACUCAGUAUCGACAAUUAUUGAGCAGUUCGCGAGCGGAACUGGAUUGUAACUUGUCGGAUCAGUUGGGCACUUCACGCCGAGUGGCAUCUGUUGAUUCACUUGCACAACCACCUGUUGCCUGUGUUGUGGGACGGAAUUUUCGGGAUUCCGCGGGCGAACUGACUCGACCGGCGUCCAUUAGCAUGCCGCCGCCGAUGAAUGCGACCAAGAUCCACACGAAUGGAUCAUUACAGCACCGAUUACAGGCUCAACAUCAUCGCGAUCCGGCUCCGAGCAGUACAAUCUGCGCCGGCGAUUUCUCGCGGAUUGCAUCACCUAAUAACAAUGGCACGCCACCUGUCGCCGAUCAUGUUGCGGAUGCUAUUUCCGUUGAUUCGGUAGCCACCGGUCACAGCGAGUCGGACAGUGGCAAGGCAACUAGUCAGAAUUCGAACUCCGGUGAUGGCAGCAGCUGUGACGCCCAUAACGAUGAUCCCUUGUUUGUGCCCGAGGAUUCAUGUUUCGUUAGCCUGUCGGCUUCCGUCAAUCACAGUAAAUCAGCCGAUUCAUGGAAGAUGUUGCCGGACGCAACACGGCUGCCGUGGAACGAGAGUGACAUUGCCAGUCUCCUGAAAUCGGGUCGACUGCAGUCGUACCACGAAACGGGCCGCAUCAGCGGCGAUGUUGUCCCGUUGUUGGCGCAGUUCCUGAAAUUCCCGUUUCUCCGUAUUUGUGUGGAAUUGGCGCGCCUAUCUCACUGUAACCACGGACGAUGUUCCAAACGCGAUGUGCUUUUUGCCACGCAGCGAAUCCUCUCGUUUUCCUUAUUUGCCAAAUGCAAGACCGCGUGUCUACAGGCAGCGGCAUUUUAUUCCUGCAGCACCGAGGAUGGGAAGAAAGGGAAGAGCCUGCGGGCGGGAUUGGCGCUGGAUGUGGGAAAAGUCCAUGGGUUUAUGAUUGAGCGGAAGUUGGGACGAUUUGUCCAUGAUUUGGCCGCCGUGUGUCUGACAGCCGUUGUGCAGUGUGUGGCGGAAGAACUGAUUUUAACGUGCCUGAAAGAUGCGCAUCCGGGCGAAAGUGUGGAGAGUUUUAGCGUCGAGAAGCGUCUUUUUAAUGAUCCGGAAUUUUUCGGGAUUUUCCAAACGUGGAGACACGUUCAGGCGGGUCGGAAUGCGACGGGGAAGACAUUUUUGCCAGCUGGUUUUCCUCAGAAUGCCUCCGCUCAAGUUUUAACGAGCGGAUUUCGUGCGCUAAGUGAUCUGAUCUGUGCCAUCAACGAUGGAUCCUCUUUGAUCGAAGACUCCAGACGGGAUCGGAUUUCCGUCACAACAGGCAAACGUCCAUACGACGAACUGACCAUCUCACAGAUGCACUGGUGUUCGGAUGCAUUGGCGUCGUUACAUUUCUUCUUAGCUCAGGAUCCACUUGUGGACUGCAGCGAAAAAGACGCAACACCUCCGCUGAUUGAGUGGCUGCGGGUGAUUGAAGCCUGCAGCGCCCAGCGCCGCUCCACGAUGAUCGAGAAGGACGAUGUCAUGGAGGCGGCGCGCAUUCUCCUCCCGUGCAUAGACUAUCCGCCCCAUCUCCUCGGUCUCCAUGACGAACUGCAGUAUUUCCAGGCCAUCUCCAAACCGCGCUUCCUUAACGAUUUCAACCAAGCGGGAUUGACGCCGUUAAUGGUGGCAUGUAUUCGUGGCGACUGUCACGCCGUGCGCACCUUCCUGACCACCGGAGCCAAGGUGAAUCUCGCCGUGCCGGUGCAGUCACCGGCGCCCACAAACCAGAAGCCGUCGUACUCCCGCAUCCAUCCCGACAUCCACCACUGGACGGCACUGCAUUUUGCCGUGGCGCACGGCUACCUUAACGUGGUGAAACAGCUGCUGGACAACGGGGCGUCCGUUGAAGGCACCGGUGAGGCUCGGGAUCCGCUGCCGGGUCCGCUCAGUGAAACACCGCUGCAGAUCGCCGCCGCGUGUGGUUUCGACGAUAUCACCAGUUUGCUGGUGGGCAAAGGCGCGGACGUGUGUCUCAGCAGCGUCAUGGAUGAACCGUUGUGUAGUGUGGAGGCGCAACGGGGCAUGCAUGCGCCCAUCGUCCUCGCAGCAUCCCACAAUCGCCGAGCCAGUUUGUACCGGAUGUUAACAUCGUUAACACCACUAUCCGAUGAAACCGUCUCUUUGGAGGAGAUGCUAGAGGAAGUCCAUUCGCGCUCCAGUAGCACCGUCACCACCAGUCUUUUACGCGGGAAAUCAAGUAAUUCUCACUUACCGGCUUCCCGCAGUUCCAGUAACCACGGCCUCUUCUCCGGUCGACAAUACAAAGUCAUCCAAUCCGCGCUGUACCAGGCGGCGGAGAACGGUUUCCUUGAUUCCAUUGUCGAACUCCUGUACUUCGGAGCACAGUGGAGAGUGCACACGUGGUGUCGCGUCGUUCCGCUGAUGCGGUCCGAUCAGACCUCCCUCCAGCGUGAUCUCCUCGACGCCUACUUCACUCUGGCCUUCGAUGAGCUGGUGGAUUCGCCGGUGUUCCUAACCAGUGUCCUGCCGUUUAUAAUAGCGCUAUCCACGCAGCUGUUUCCUCAGACAACGAUCUCCGCCAUACUUUCCCAUUUAUUCGGCGCGCAGCCGAUCGCCCCCAUUCCCACCAGCACCGACAUGCACAACUACUAUCAGAAGCUGCGCAGGAAAACGAAUAAGUGUAUCAAUGACGCGGCCACUGGGGAUGUGGUAUUCCGCGUGGAUGGUAGUGUUUUUGUCGCCCAUCGGGAAGUGAUCGACAACGGCGAUUCGACGGUGCUGGCGGAAAUGGCGAGGAGUGGUUCUCCGGAAGGAGUGGUGGUAGCGAAUGUGGGAGCAGCGGAAUUUUUGACGGUUCUGCAGUAUCUGUAUGACAGCGGGAAGGUGCAGCUGGAAGCCAAUGUGGACAGUACGCUGAAGUUGAUGAAAGCAGCGAGACGGUUUAAUGUUGUUGGUUUGGUGAAGUUUUGCGAAAGUGUUUGCUCACGUUGCGUUACCGUCGCCAAUGUCUGCUACGUUCAUGGCCAGAGCAGAGAUCUCAGCGCGUACGACUUAGCAUCAUUUUGCGAAAGUGUUAUGCUGCAAAAUCUGCCAGAAUUAUCCAGGAAGCCCGAGUCUGCUAACUACGUGAAAGCAGCGUUGCUUUCCAACAUGGAAUGCGUGCCGAAAUUGACCAAGAUUUUGACUGACCGGAUACGAUCUCGAGCUGCUUCUCAUAUCCGUCGUGCCGUUUUGUGAAUAAGUGUCCCGACUGGAUUUUUGCAGGGGCACAAGUGACAUUCCUGCGACUUAAAGUCUCUUAGUCACUGUUAUUUAAUAAAUUUUCGUUUAACCUUUAUGCGUUUUGUACAGCAGAAACCGGUUGUUUUUGUGUCGGUUCAGUAUUUAUGACGUUUGCAGAAAGUGAUAAAAAUAUUGGUAACCACAUGCAACAUUGCACAAAAAAAUUUAUUGCUAUCGU